CUGUGCUGACAUGAACAUGAAAGUGCUAGUUGUUGUUUUGGUGCUAGCUCUGGCUACAGUUUUUGCUCUAGUCUGUGUUUUGCUGACAAUGAAGGGAAAAAAAGUCACCAGCUGUGUCUACUCUGAACUACCAAUUUCUUCUGAGAGGCCCAACAGAGAACAAAGUGAAGUCUUUGCUGAUCUGACAGCUGAUGAAAUGACUCAGGUGGUGAAGUAUCUCAGGAAGAAUCUCGGGGUGUACCUGGAAGAUGCAUUUCAUGCAAAACCAUCAGAUAAUUGCAUUUACUAUAUGGAUGUGUACUUCCCGCCUAAAGCCAAAGUUCUGGGCUUUCUUGAUCGUGGAAGGGAACAGCUACCCCGGCAGGCAUUGGCCGUGGUAUACUUUGGAAGUCAGUCAGAUCCAAACAUUACAGAAUUUGUAGUAGGUCCACUUCCAAAUCCAAUGUACCAUCGAGACAUUACAAUGCGGAAAUUUGGCAAGAAGGUUCCAUAUCACAGCAGACCGGUGACUGAGAGAGAAUAUAAAGAUAUUGAUUUGUUCAUUUUCCAUAAGCUCUUCAACACCUCCAACUUCCUCAAAAUAUGCUGCAAUUAUGAGAGGUCUGAUUUAGCUACUCUAACCACAGCUCCUAGAGGAUUUGUAUCUGGUGAAAGAGCCACCUGGUUUGUCCUCUUUCAGAAUGUGAUUGGCAGUGGAUAUUACAUUCAUCCUAUUGGCUUGGAGAUGCUGGUGGAUCACAGCAGUCUGAACAUCUCUGAAUGGAAGCUGAAAAAAGUAUUCUAUAAUGGACACUAUUUUCAGGAUAUGGCCCAUCUGGAAAAAGAGUUCAAGAAUGGACAGGUGAAGGAGGCAAGAAUAAAGAGUAGUCAGCUGCAGAUGGAAUAUGCUUCCAGGAAGCGAUUUGAACCCGCAGCUCCUCUAGGCCCAUUUCAGUUUGAGACCCAAGGAAAGCGCUACGCUGUAACUGGCAACCAUGUUACCUAUCAGCUAUGGAAAUUUACCUUUGGGAUGAAUGUGAACACAGGGCCACGUCUUUUCAAUAUCAGAUUUAAUGAUAAGAGGAUUGUCUAUGAGUUGAGUCUGCAAGAAGCUCUUGCCAUUUAUGGUUCCAAUUGUCCUGGAGGAAUGGUGACCAGAUACAUGGAUGGUAGCCUUGGCAUUGGAAAGUUUUCUUAUGAACUAGUCCAGGGUGUGGACUGCCCCUACAUGGCCACCUACGUGAAUCGGCAUUAUCUAAUAGACUCUGACACUCCCAAACUAAACAAGAACUCCUUCUGCAUCUUUGAACAUGACAUGGGUGUCCCUCUGCGUCGCCAUUUUUCUAAUUUAGGCUCUUUUUACUAUGAGGGGUUACCCAAAUAUGCUUUGGUCUUAAGGACUGUUUCUACCCUCAUUAACUAUGAUUAUGUAUGGGAUUUUGUAUUCUAUCAAAAUGGUGCCAUAGAAGUCAAGGUCCAUGCUACAGGAUACAUCAGCUCUUCAUUUUUUAUGGACGGUGGGACUAAGUAUGGAAACAAGGUUGGGGAGUACACACUUGGAACCAUGCACAACCAUCUGAUAAAUUACAAAGUUGACUUGGAUGUAGAAGGAGUCAAGAACUCUUUGGUGGACCUUGACAUGGCCUAUGAAUCUGUGCAGGCCCCUUGGAGCACAGAGCACACAAUCCAGCGACCAAUCCUCACCCAGCAAGUCCUGGAUACGGAAGAAAAAGCUGCUUUCCCACUUGAUGGUAAAAUCCCACGGUACCUGCUUUUCAGUUCUAACAAUGAAAACCAGUGGGGCCACAAACAGAGCUAUCGCAUCCAGAUCAUCAGCUUUGCAGGCAAGCACUUACCACAAAGUAGCUCCAUGGAGAAGGCCAUCAGCUGGGGCAGGUACAAGUUGUCUGUCACUAAGCAAAAAGAGGAAGAAUUGACAAGCACCUGCAUCUAUAACCAGAAUGAUCCAUGGGAUCCCCUGGUGACCUUUGCAAACUUCAUAGACAAUGAGACCAUAGUCAAUGAGGAUCUUGUGGCCUGGAUCUCAGUUGGAUUUUUACAUGUGCCACAUGCUGAGGACAUUCCCACUACAGUGACAGUUGGCAAUGGGGUGGGCUUUUUACUUCGGCCCUAUAACUAUUUCGAUGUUGAUCCUUCUAGCAGCUCCCUUGACAGCAUCUACUUCAGAGAUGAUGAAGAUGCAGGGAAAUGUGAGAUCAACCAAAUUGCCUGCUUGCAACAAAGAGUCACAUGCUUUCCCAGUCUACCUCCUUUCACUUACAAUGGCUUUGAGAACUUAACAAGUCCAUGACAAGAAGAAUCUACAUUUAUAUUAUGGUUUAACUUUUUUUUUUAAACGUAAAAGGUAAAGGAUGGCUGGCUUGAGCACUCCUAGUUCCACAUUUUUAUUCUGUCUAUUCUGUCCCUUACUUUUGAUCACCUCUCAGUGUUUUCACUUUGAGGCUGGGAUUUUUUUACACUAACUCAAUGGAGAAUUUCUGCUUUCAGCUGACAGAUGCUUCACUCAGUCUUUUUACACAUUAUGGCUAUAUCAUAUUAGGCAACUAUGUGUUCCUUCUCUAUGAUUGUCAUUACCUGAUGUUCUAAAUAUUCCAGCAUGUAUAGGUUUUCAUCUUACUGAUUUUUGAAAUCUCCAUUAAGAUGCACAAAAGUGAUUAGUUUAUUAUACUAUACUAUAAUUCCAGGCCAAAAUCUUUCAUCCCCGGCAUACAUAUUUUCUUCCACUUGGAGAAGAAAUUCUUUAAAUUGGGCAGGGGCAUACUCUAUCAAAAGAUAGAUUGCUCAUUCUCCUUCCGCUUCCAACCCCAGCAAACUUUUUCAGUGUAACAAGAAAUGUAAAUUCCACUGCUUGUUUCCUAUGAUAAUGUUAAUCCCUGUGAGAGGCCCAGUCAUGAUUUGUGUUCCUCUUUUGAAGAUUGAAAUGCUGGAAACAAAUGAAUGGAUUGGAAAGACCAUUAUCAAAUCGGAAUUCACUGCACAUUCAAAAGCCCCUGGCUUUGCAAAGGAAUGGGAAACAAAUCAUGUGAUGGUGGCCAGGACACCAGCUGCAGAAUCAGUUGACUACAAUUGCUACUAGCACUACUGAAUAUUGCUCUUCAGCUGUGGAACUAUAGUUGGCUUCCCAUACUGUUGGAGACAUUGCAUUUUUCAUAGAUCUCUUGUUCUGGUCUGUUCAGAACAGUGAAAGGAACUUAGUGAUUAGGAGAGGAAAAAAAUCCAGUAAUUUAAAAAACAUUUACCGUAAUUAAAAAAAAAUUAAUAAAAAAUUUCAAUAGAAAAAUUAGUGUAUCCCUCUCCCCUCCAUACACACAACACCUAUUAAUUUUAGAGUGGAGAAUAGGUCAGCUCAUUUUCUUGUAUUACUGAUAAUGAUAGAAAAGCUGUUGAAAUGAGAACUAGCUGUUUGGGAGACUUGCUGGUGAAUUUAACCUUUUAUGUAAAAUAUAAAUACACUUUUUCUUCUUCUUCUUUCCCCUUCCAUUGGCUUUUCUGUUUUCCAUCCCAGGCUAUAUUGGUUUCCUCUGUCUCCUCGUCUUUCUUUUUUGCUGUUUCCCUGGAAGGAAGAAGGAAAAUAUGUAUAUGCAUGAGCCAUCUGUAAAAGAGAGAGAGAGAGAAGGAAAAUGUGUGUGUGCAGAUAGUGGUUCAAUUAAUUUUAUCAAUGAGAUACAUUAUUUUAGGCAAUUGUUUUUAAUUUGUACGCAUUAAUUCUUGCAUAAAAACACUGUUGGGGGAGAAUUUCCAGAAUGUCAGUUUGCCAAGGUAAGAAUGCUGGGUAUUGCUCAAGAUUUUUUAUUAUUCUGUACAUUUUUUUCAUAACUCCUUUUGGAAGAGGGGCAGAGGAGGAAAAAGCCAUUUCAAAUUUAAGAUAAGUUUUUAAAAUGAUGCAUUCAGAUAAAUGUAGUGAUUGGCAUUAAUGCGUUCAUUUAUGCUCCAUUGUUUCAUAUUUGUUUUGUAUUUGAAAUAUUUUUAUUUUUUAAAAAAAUAGCUGAAACAGUUGCAUUAAUCAAUAUGCAUUGAAAAGAAGGCUACAUUCUGCUUUCUAUAAAAAUCCUACUGAGUAAUUGGAACUUUGGUAAUUAUGAUAAUACAAUUCUGAUUCUUCUGAUACAAAAAGAUGUAUCAGUGUCUUACAUUAGGAAUGUAAAAGAAUUUCAUCAAUAUAAUCCUCUAAGAGCUAAUUUGGAUACUUCACCCUUGCUGGACUUCAUGCCAUUUUAGUAUCAGAUUAAAUUCAUCAGCUAAUUAAAAAAAUGAAAAAACUGCUUUAGUUUAUGUUUAUUUGUAUUAGAAAAACUAUGUCAACUGCCUUUACAUGUGAUGGAAAUUUUUGGAUAACAUGCAAUAAA